ACGAAACGAGUUCUCCAUUUUUGCUUGCGCGGCGAUUUGGAUCGUGAAAUUUCGAGUUCAUUCGAGUCGGAAACCUAGCGGCGAAAUCGUAAUUGUUCAAUUCAUUUACUAAUUUUGUGGAAUCUUCGCCGGAGAUUCAUCGGAGGCUGGUUGUGUUAGGGUUUUAGAAACGAAGUUCUGUGUGUUGUAAUGGAGACGAAUACGAGUAACAACGGAGUGAGGUUUCUGCUAGGGAAGCAGUCGUCGAUGGCGCCGGAGCGGCAGACGGAGGAGACAGCGGAGGCGGCGGAGGCGACGGAGGACGGGGAGGAGAUCCAUCCGGGAGUGAGAUUGAUGUAUUCGGCAAAUGAAGGCGAUUUGGAAGCGAUUAAGGAGCUUAUAGAUUCUGGAGUUGAUGUUAAUUUUCACGAUGCUGAUAAUCGGACGGCGCUUCAUAUUGCUGCUUGUCAAGGUUGCACGGAGAUCGUCGAUUUGUUGCUCCGGCGAGGAGCGGAGAUUGACCCCAAAGACUGCUGGGGUAGUACGCCUCUCGCAGAUGCUAUAUUCUACAAAAACCACGAAGUUAUCAAAUUGUUGGAAAAAAGCGGCGCAAAACAUCUGAAAGCUCCCAUGCUCGUCAAGCAUGCUCGUGAAGUCCCUGAAUAUGAAAUUGAUCCUAAAGAAUUUGACUUCACAAACAGUGUCAACUUAACCAAGGGAACCUUCCAUUUAGCAUCGUGGCGCGGAAUCCGAGUUGCGGUCAAAGAGCUUCCCGAGGAUGUGAUUUCUGAUGAGGACAAAGUGAACGCUUUCAGAGACGAGCUUGCAUUGCUUCAGAAGAUUCGGCAUCCGAACGUCGUUCAAUUUCUCGGUGCUGUCACUCAAAGUAGUCCCAUGAUGAUUGUUACCGAAUAUUUGCCUAAGGGAGAUCUUUGCCAAUUUUUACAGAAAAAAGGAGCUUUAAAACCAAUUGUAGCUGUGAAAUUUGCUCUUGAUAUUGCAAGGGGAAUGAACUAUUUGCAUGAAAACAAACCCGCACCAAUCAUCCACCGUGAUCUCGAGCCAUCAAAUAUAUUGCGAGAUGACACUGGAAGCCUAAAAGUUGCAGACUUUGGAGUUAGCAAGCUGCUCACAGUCAAGGAGGAUAAGCCACUGACUUGUCAAGACACUUCAUGCCGAUAUGUUGCUCCAGAGGUUUUCAAGAACAAUGGAUAUGAUACUAAAGUGGAUGUCUUCUCCUUUGCUUUAAUACUACAAGAGAUGAUCGAAGGCCAACCGCCAUUUUCAAACAAGAAAGAAAAUGCUAUUCUUAAAGAGUAUGCCGGCGGUGUACGACCAGCUUUCAAAGCUCCAGCUAAAUGCUACGCGCAUGGAAUCAAAGAGUUGAUUGAAGAUUGCUGGCAUGAGAAGCCAUCAAAGAGACCAAAUUUUAGGCUUAUAAUCUCAAGGCUUGAAACCAUUCAUCACAGUCUUAGCCACAGAAGGCGUUGGAAGCUUCCAACGCUGAGAUGCUUUCAGAACGCAGAGGAGAAGAUAAGAAGAGGCCAUCUCUCAAGCAGCCGGAGCCUCUCAUCGAGAUCUGCAAGCAGCAUAUGAACCACCUCCAAUGUUCUUCCCCCGUCUUGGAUUUGUAGGUAAAUUUCCCUUGUUUUGUUCAGUUUAGUGCCAGAUUUGUUUGCAACCCAAAAUAACCUAUUGCUUGUUGUGCAAUAAUCCCUUUUAGUCAUUCAAUUCUCUCAACCUCCUAAGUUUCUGGGUCGAGAAUUCAUAUUGUACAUUGGUUGAUACGUACUUUUCAAUACAAUUUGUGUUUAUAACGGUUAAGAAUGAGAAACAGAAGUGGAAUCGAAA